AUGGGCGGCAAAGUCUGGUCUCGCGAGGAGGAGCGCGUCUACUGGCGGGUCAUUAUCCCUCAGUCUCAGAGACGGGCUGGCCCCGGACCACUGCAAACUAAGAGCUGGGAGGAUUUGGCCAUGCUUAUGCAAUCGAGAAUGCGUGCUGAUGCUAAGCGCACUUACACUGGCCUUGGACUCUGCAAGUUGAAUAACCCCUGCUUUGCCAUCGAGCAUUACUUUCAGAAUGUCGAGAAAGGCCGCGUAUCGCCGAACGCUACCAAGUAUGUCCGCGAGCAUAAAGAAGCACUUGACCGGGCUGCCCAAGGUGAUGAAGAAACAGAUAUCGAAGACAAUGAAAUUCAUGAGAACGCGACUGCCUCUGAAUACGACCAGAGACAGGAUAAUUUUGUGACCCAUACGGGUGAGACUACUGAGGAGGAACCAGAGGAGAUCCUAGACUCCAUCACCGUCGGAGACUAUGAGAAUAAGGAGAAUCACCCUGCUCCUCCAACCCGCGAACCGCUUUCUCCCUUGAGGGAAUGGGAUCCUCUUCCAAGUUCCAGCCCGGCGCCCGUGGCUCACAUGAAUGUGGAUUCUACCGCUCACCUUGGAAUCACCGUCAAUGUCCCUCGUCGUGGAUUGAACUAUCAACAUCCUAUUUCAACCGAGCGCUCAACCGUCACCAACAAAGAGAUUAAAGAGCCUGCUUUCGGAUACGAAUACCAGCCUCAGCCUCAUAACUAUCGUUACGGACGUCCCCAAGGUGUCAUGGGUCAUCGACGCAAUCCAAGUGUGCGGAACUUCCCUGUCCCCCCUCAUCUUCUUGGCAAACCAGAGCACCACGGAUAUGGUAGCCGUUAUUUUUGCUUGCCUACUCCUGACAACCGCUUUCUACCCCCACAGUCGCAGUACUAUGACGGUCAUGCUGCGGAUCAGACUCAGUCUCGUCCACCUCAGUUCACUUCCAACCAGGACAUGAACUUCACUGCUCCGAGAGAGCAAUACAGUCCAUCAGUAUCAGCCAGCAUUCCUGGCACACCGCACCCCUCGCCCAGUUCGGAUUUUAACUUCACUUCCGGCAAUGAUCAGUCCCAACACCAAUACACAACGUCGGCUACCUUCAACAUGUCUCAGUCAGUUCUCAGCAACAAUGUGAAUCCCAACUCAUACACAGACAAUGGAAGACAGCAUCACAGUCACCAUGUAGCACCCAGCAAUAAGCGGAGCUAUGAAAGCUUCAAAGACGAUGACGACCUCUCAGAACACCAGUACUACUCGCGUCCCCUGCAGAGUGUGCCUGGUAUUUCGCAGAGCGGCCAUCGCACCGAAUUGACGGGACUCUGCGCUGGUCGCCAAGAUUUGAGAUAUCGAAACACUUCGAUUGCCUCAUCCAGCACAUCUCAGCCUGCGCAGUACGGCGGUCAGUAUGGAAACCAGGUCCCGCAGUUCUCUGAUCAAAACCCCGGGCGUCCCGUCUAUGCGACUUCGACUGCGUAUGUCAACCACUCACAAGCUGAUGACCUGUACCGCGGGCCUAUCCCCAAGGUCAUUGCACAACCCGAGUCUGUAGGAGUACAGCAGAACCUGGAAAAUCGUCGCUGGUACAUGACCACCAUUGGCGCGGCUGAGAAGACCGAGGAGACGUCUGUUUCCAGACCUGAUGGCGAUUUCGAAAUCUUUGAGAUGUCUUCUUCUCCUUCUCUGCGCCCUACUCCUGAUCACGCUCCCAUCGAGCGGGAGCAGUAA